AUGAAGCGUCGCCACAGGCACGUGGACGGUGCGGCCGAGGACAGCCCAGGCCGGCGUGUGCGCGCCUGUCUCGCCGUGCAGAGCGAGACAAGCGUCUGGCGCGCGCUCGGCAUGCUCCAGGGCAAACGCGGCCAUGGUGCGCGGCAGCCGAGCGGCGCCUUCAAGCGGCGCCUGGCUCGCGUGCGCGCGGCCUUCGUACCCUGCUACGAUGUUAUGUCUGCGCCAUCGUUGAGUGGGGAUGGAAUCCAGUUCGCCUUUGCCAACGUGCGGGAAGUCUUGCGAGUGCUCUUUCCCCGCGACCAAGCUUUGGCCAGCCUCGUGCGAGAGUCCGCUGCCAAGAAUGAGGCCUUGCAAGCAAUCUUGUGCCAAGACGAGACGACUGCAGGAAACGUUUUGGCGACGGAAGCACGCCAAAAGGUAAGCUUCCUGUAUCUGUCCUUCCGGCAGUACGGGCCUGCUUUAGGAAGCUGCAAAGCCUGGCUUCCUUUGACCUCGGUGGCACGUUGGCAAGUGGACCAAGCCGACGGGGGAAUGCCAGCUUUGACUGUCGCCUGGCUGCAAGAAUGGUCGCGACAGAAGCUGGAAGAGCCCUUCGACGUGGCCGGCUGCAUGACUAGAAUUGCUUUGAGCACCUUCUGCUGCGACUUCGAUGCCAUGCGCGCGGGCGAGCGCGACCCGACAUUCCGGACCAUCGCUGAAGGACGCAUGAGCAAAUUCGUGCCGCUGCGGCAGCCUGAAAUCGAGGACUACAUGGAUCGGUGCCUGGCCAAGCUGCCGCGCAUGACCCGCGCAAGCUUGGAACUCAGAGAAAGAUGCAUCGGCUUUCACAUCAACCCGCGCAACCUUUGGAAUAGCCCAGAGGGCAAGUCGCUACUGCAGCUCAACAGCUGCUGCAACGACUCUAUGCACUGCUACUUUGCCAACGGCAUAGGAAGUCAGGAGCUGCUGCUUUUCUGGAAGGCUGCACGCGACCGCAUGGGCAUCGACCUGGAGCAGCUGCAAGAGGCAGUGCUGGAGGCUGGCUGGAAGCGCUCCACACAACACAGGCGCGAGGGGCAAACAGCUUACUGGCUCAAGCGGCUCUUUCGGCCGAAGCUGUGGGAAGGCGUCUUGUACAAAGGUUCCGCAGGACAGACUCGGCUCCUGCUCUCUGUCCUGCGAUGGUUCGCUCGGCAGCUCUGGAGCAACGAGCCAGACUUAAGACCGCAGUACAAGUCCUUCAUGCUUCUUUGCCGAUGCGUAGACUGCCUCGCUUCCAUAGCACAGAGCCACAUGUUCGCGGAGCUUGCUCGCUUGCAAGAAGCCCACCACAAUCAGUUUGUGUUAACUUACGAAGACGCAGUGCGGCCGAAACAUCACCACAGGCUGCACCUGCCGUGGCAUUACCAGCGUCACGGGGUGGUGACAUGCUGGGCAACGGAAAGCAAGCACCGUGACUGCAAGAGCUUCCUGGCAAAGUGCACCCAACAAUUCUUGACCGGCCAUGAAGGAGGCAGGCAACACUCCUGUCGCCUACUGCCCAGGCUCCUCUCAAAGCACGUAGCAAGCAACGAGAACGAGCCACUGCUCCUGCGCGGCGAAUAUUCGCUACUGAAACCUGUGAAUCCGGAGAGCAUUUACAAGGACCUUGGCGUUUGCUGCUGCGAGGCUGCGAAGGAAUGUCGUGUGGACUUGCUUCGUUUGGUUGCUGGCGACGUGCUGCUGUGGGGUGUCGGAAGACAGCAGGCCGGCAUCUGCAAAUACUUCCUGAAGUUGGCAGACGGCAGCCUCUGGCUUGCUGUAGAAUCGCUGCAGCUCGUACAGAGAGACGAAAGUCAGCGAGUCUUCAAGCUGGUGCCUGACGCUGUGCUGCUGCACCGUUUCGCCGACUUGCACCUGCCCGCCUCACCGCAGUUGUGGACAGUGAAGAGAUCUGAGAUUAUCUGCAUGCUCUAA